AUGGAACCCUACCUCCCGACCAGCGCCGUGCGCCAGCCGCCCAACGAGCCGCCCGCGAACGGCGCCGCGAGUUCGAGUCCCUCGUGCGUCAAGCGGCUCACGCUGGAACUCGUCGAGUCCUACCUCAAGACGAACCCUUCCAGUAAACCCAUCCAGACCUGGCGGGCCGCCGCGACGACACCGCGAGAGAACGGCGCGAAACCGAAAGCGCCGCGCCGCGCUUUGACGCAGCCCGCGGAGGGAGUAACGAACGACGGCGCGGACAACGCCGAGGCCGAGCUCGUUACUUAUGCGGGCGACGUGCUAGGACCGGGCGGCGAGGGCCCGGCCUUCGAGGUGCUUGAUAAACUGGGACGGGGUAGCUUCGGCCAGGUCUUUCGGUGUCGUUCGCGAAAGACGGGCCGAUUGGUGGCGAUCAAGGUCGUGAAGAACUGUAGAAGUUACGCCGCCCAGGCCUAUGUGGAGUCGCAGAUGGCUAGAGCCUUACACGCGCGCGAUCCGCAUCCGAACGUCGUGCACCUCUUCGGCGACUUUGCGCAUCGAGGUCACGUCUGUCUCGUGUUUGAACUGUUGGGCAUGAAUUUAUAUGAAUUGCUCAAACAAAAUCAAUUUAGAGGAUUACCGCUAGCGUCCGUACGCUUGGCGUCGACGCAAGUCGUCGCGGCUUUAGACAGGUUGGCGGCGGCGCGCAUCGUGCACUGCGACCUCAAGCCCGAAAAUAUCCUGGUGGCGCAGCGCGUGGACAACGAACCGACGCGGGUGAAGAUCAUCGAUCUUGGUAGUGCGUGCGUCGAAGGUCGCACGGCGCAGCAGUACGUCCAAUCCAGAUUCUACCGAGCACCUGAAGUGCUCGUGGCGGCGCCCUACGACGGCGCCGUCGACGUGUGGAGCGCGGCGUGUGUCUUCGCUGAACUCUUCUUAGGCUUACCUUUAUUCCCCGGCGUGUCGACACAUGAUCAGAUAAGCAGGAUCGCGGACAUGCUCGGGCCCCACCCUGAUGAGUUGUUGGCAAGAGGAGACGACACUUUGAAGUACUUCACGCCCAAGCGGCCGGGCCCGCCGCCGUCGCCGGGGCCGCCUCCCAGAAGACCCCAGUGGACGAACGCGUCUUUAGAUGAAUCUGUCGAAAGCCUGCACGCCCUCGACUUUGACGACGACGGCACGGACGCGUGCGAGGAGGAAUCGGAGCCCUUCUACUCCCUCAAAUCAGCGGAGCAGUACGCGCGCGAGAAGGGGAACAGCGCACCUCCCAAAACCAAAAAGUACUUCCAGUACAAAGUCCUGAAGGAUAUCGUCGCGCACUAUCCCGUGCGUUCAGGAUUGUCUCCAUCGGACACGGAAAAAGAGAGACGAACGCGGGCGACCUUCGCCCACUUUGUUACUGGUAUGCUCGACCAAUUGCCUCAUAGGAGGUGGACGCCCUUACAGGCGUCGAAGCACCCGUUCCUGUCCGGCGGCGACGAGGUCGAGGGCUGGACGCCUUGUAGGGACCCCCGGGCGGACGAGAGGAGGUUACUCCAGCGCCGGCGGCCGCCGCAGCGACCGGGACCCGCGUUGAGGACGAACGCCAUGGACUCGUCCGCUCCUGGGUAUAGAUCCGGCGCGCGCGUGCUCCCGUCGAACGCGAUGGACCGGACCGAACCGGGCAGGAGGCCGAACCGCAUGGACGCCUCCGACUCCUCGGCCUCGAGCGGCGGGCCGCCCUUCCGGACGCCGCCUCCGUUAUCCUCGGGCGGCAUCGGCGGCAUGGUCGGCCCCCAGCAGACGUACGCGCCGGGCUACUGGCCCGGCCAGCUGCCUCCAUCUGGUGAUUUCGCUCCAUUACGGAGGAAUGCCACGAUGACCCAGGCCCAGAUGGCCCACGCCCAGUGGGAAGCUUCAAGAGCCGCACCGGUCCAAGUGUCCUCGUACACCGCGGGCUACCGGCCCCACCAGGCCGCCACGGCUGAAAGUUAUGAUUUUGGUCAUGCAUUACAACGGCCCGCCGUGCAGCAGCAGCAGCCGGGCUACGCGGCGCCCUAUCAGCUGCGGCGGAGCGUGUCCUUGGAUCCGUCGCGGACGCCGCCGCCGCCGCGCUUGAAUCCCGGCUCGCCGGCCUUCGCGCCGCGGUCGCCGCCCGCGGUCGGCGGCCGCGCGCGCGCGCGGCACCACCCGAACUCGCCGGGCAUGCACCAGCGCCAGGCCUACUACCCGGUCGCCCCCCAGUACGGCGGCUACUACGCGGCGCCGCCGCCGCCGCAGCUCCUGGCGCCGCCGCCGCCGCCAGCGCUCGCGUCGUCGCCGCAGUCCUUUGGUCGGUCGUCGUCGUUGAACGGUCAUCAUCGGAACCGGCGCGGCGGGCGGCGCGGGAAUAAUAGGUCUAGUUAA